CUACCAAAUUACACAUAGACAUACACAUGUAUAUAUAUAUAUAUAUAUAUAUAUAUAUUUAACUACUUCAAUUCACUUCAUCAUAGUUACGUAUAUGAGCAUCUCUAUUUCUCUCAAUUACCUUAACUAGCAUUGUUUUAAUUCACAUAUAAAAUCGUUUCGUGCUCAACCUUUGUUUGUGUGAGAUAUAGAGAUGGAAGGGUUGGAUUCUAAUAAUUCUACCCACAACAGCAUAGCCAAGGGCAAACGCACUAAGAGGAUGAGGCUUUUGUCCCCUUGCGGUGUCAUCGUUGCUGCCAUCACCACCACCACCACCACCGUCACCUCGAGCACUUCGAGUGCUAAUUCGGGUGCCUCGUCCACCACAACCUACGAGAGCGAAGAGGAGGACAUGGCGAAUUGUUUGAUUCUCUUGGCCCAAGGAGGGGAAUCUCGUCAUCAUCCUCGUCACGACAAGCAACAAGUUGAAGAUCAUGGUCUUGAGAAUUGUGAUGAUGGUGCCAUCAAGACAGAAGAAAAGGGUAACAGCAGCAACGUUAACACUACCACCGCCGCAACAACAACUGCUGCUAAUAAUAAUACCAAAGUUGGUUUCUAUAUUUAUGAGUGCAAAACGUGUAACCGAACCUUCCCUUCGUUUCAAGCACUGGGUGGACAUAGGGCGAGUCACAAGAAGCCCAAACUCGCGGCUGAAGAGAAAAAACAACCACUGCCACCGUCACCGCUACCACCGCCAACACCGUCUCAAUUGCAACACAUGAUUGUUACCAAUUAUGAUCGGUUUGAGGAGGGUAGCGUUAAAAGUGGUCCUCCAAUUUCCCUUCAAUUGGGUAAUAAUGGAAACAACAACAAGGGUAAGAUUCACGAGUGUUCCAUUUGUGGCUCUGAAUUCACAUCAGGACAAGCAUUGGGUGGACACAUGAGGAGGCAUAGGGCAUCCACAAACGCCAACAAUGUUGUUGACACAACAAGAUGUAACACUGUCAUCACCACCACCAUUACCGCGGUUCCACCGAGGAAUAUUUUGCAAUUGGAUCUUAACCUCCCGGCACCGGAGGAUGAUCUCCGAGAGGCUAAAUUCCAAUUUACAGCAACAAGUCAGGUGCUGGUUGGUACUCCGGCUUUGGUGGAUUGUCAUUAUUAAGCCAGGGUGGGAAUUGGAAUUAAUUUCAAAGAAUUAUUAUUAUUAUUUUGAUAUCUCAUCAAUGUGAAUUAUUAGCGUUAUUUUUAAUUUACAAUUAUUCGUAAUUAUUGAUUCUUUGGAUUAUUGACUAUUCCUUCGGGUUAUUAAUAAUUGCCAUUUUGAUGAUAUA